AUGGAAGCUCUGAAUUCAUCUUCACUAGAAGAAGCAGAUGUAUUAGAGUACUGUUAUCCUCAAUCCAAUGUCUCCUGUGUUAAAACCUCUCUUUCUGUGGAGGCUAAAUCUGUUCUGUAUUUCUUACUGGUGUUAGCAAUGGCCGUAACGAUUUUAGGGAACUCUGUGGUCAUCAUCUCUAUAGGUCAUUUCAAACAACUUCAGACACCUACUAAUAUUUUGGUGAUGUCUCUGGCUCUGGUGGAUCUACUGCUGGGACUCACUGUCAUGCCCUUCAGCAUGGUCAGAUCUGUGGACGGUUGCUGGUACUUUGGUGAUGAAUACUGCUUUUGGCACUCGAGUUUUGACUUUCUCUUUACAGGUGCAUCCAUAUUUCAUCUGAUUUUCAUCGCCACCGAUCGAUAUCAUGCUGUGUGCCAUCCACUUCAGUACCCCACCAGAAUAACUCUACCUGUGGCGUGGGUCAUGGCAGCUCUGAGCUGGGCUUUAGCGUCAUUGUAUGCUUUCAGUGUUGUUGGUUUGAAAGCGAAUGAGCAAGGUUUGGAAGACUACCUUGCCUCCAUAGACUGCUUUGGAAACUGUUUUUUUCUGGUCAACAUGACAUGUGCUUCUGUGAGCACGUCAUUCUUCUUUAUUUUGCCGGUCUUGGUCAUGAUCGGUCUGUACUCUCAAAUAUUUUUAGUUUCUGAAAAGCAUGCAAGAAAACUAGAGGUCACAAAGCAGAGCAGACCCGAUACAAAUGUAAACAAGAUUUCACAAAAAAUGAAGCACGAGAAAAAAGCAGCAAAAACUCUGGGGAUCGUCGUAGGAGCGUUUAAUUUAUGCUGGAUGCCAUAUUUUAUUGCUUCUGUUAUUGAUCCGAUUUAUGAUUUUGCCACUCCCGGAGUUAUCUAUGAACUGUUUGUAUGGUUGGGUUACAUCAAUUCCACUUUGAACCCCAUUAUAUACGGCCUUUUCUAUCCAUGGUUCAGAAAAACACUGUACCUCAUUCUCACACUUAAAAUAUUUGCUCCAAACUCGUCUGAUAUAAAAGUUUAUGCUGCACAUUAA